GUCUACUUCGAGGCCCAAGUGAUCGGAGAGGUCAGUGUGGGGCUUCUGCUUCCCUUAAAAAAGUGCUCAGUUCUCUUAUUCAUAGUGACCUGUUUUAAGUCUACCAGGUGUUUUCAGUUGAUCUCCGCGAUGGGUACAUCAUUGUCAUCCAUCCUCAUAGGAUGGAAUUUGAUAAUGUGCAUUCAAGCUCUCAACUAUAAUCACACUACCUACAGUACCUCUAUCAGUUUUAACUUCUCUACUACAUAUGGUGGCCCGACCCAGUUACCAUACGAUCCUUACGGCAACUAUUACACUACUAGUUCUAGUACUACAACGCAAUCUCCAUUAUGUGGACUGAAUGACUAUUUGUGCCGAGACCUGAUCAAAGGGCAGUGUAUAGACAACAGCUUGAGCCAGUUGUGUGACCACUCGUUGACUUGGGCUUGUCCUAACCCUUCUUGUACCUGCUGUAUUAAUUGUUCCAAAGAUAUUGGCACCUCAACUUGUUCUGCAGUGAGAGGUAGUUGUAAGAAAGCUUGCGAUAGUGAAGAGUACAGAGACUACACAAAUUCGUGUCCUAACAGACUCUGCCAGUGUUGUAGGAAGUGUGAACUAGACUCUGAAUGCCAGAGAGUUAACGGAUACUGCACGACAAAGUCUGUUCUAUGCAAAACUGGUUAUUUGCCCACUGAUGGAUGUGGUAGUGUUAAUUGCAAGUGCUGUAAACCUGCUGAACUUUAUACGUGUAAACCUGCAAACGGCUGUACUGCACCUGGGGAUUAUUGUGACACUGCUGCAUGUCCUCUUGGGUAUAGAGAAAACCCAUACACGUGUACUUCAUCAAAUCAAAACUGUCACUGCUGUGAGAGAGUUCAAGUCCUUGAUCAGUGUAAGCCAUUCAAUGGUUGUUCAUUGCCUGGUGACUACUGCAGUACACAGCCAUGCCCCGCUGGUUAUAAAACUAUUCCAGGUGCUUGUAGGUCUGCUAAUCAGCUCUGCUACUGUUGUGAGAAAGUGACAGUCGAUGAACCUUGUGUGCAGCUCUUAGACUGCACAGCUGAAGGAGACUACUGCAGCAAGAAUGACUGCCCUACAGGUUAUAACACCUUAACCUCAGGUUGCAGGUCAAAUGACCCGAAGUGUCGCUGUUGUAAGAAGGCAGUGUCUGUGAAACCAUGCAGAGCAUUGACUGGCUGCCAAGGUACAGAGGACUUCUGUUCAACCACGACUUGUCCCUCUGGCUUCACAACUGAGCAAGGAACUUGUUUGAGCCUUACUGGAGAACGCUGCAAUUGCUGUAAGAAAAUAACUUCAACAUGUAUACAACUUUCAAUGUGCACAGAACCUGGUGAUUUCUGUAGUAAUGGUCCCUGUCCUGCUGGAUAUUCAAGGAAUUCUGGAGGCUGUUACUCUAGUGAUGGGAGCUGUUAUUGUUGUAAAAAAGAUAAAGGUACAUGUACUCCUCUUGAAGAAUGCCAGUCUAGUAGAGAUUACUGCAGUUCUACAGACUGCCCUGCUGGGUAUGUCACUAUAAUAAAUGCAUGUAAUACGACACUUGGUGGCUGCAGAUGCUGCAAAUAUGCUGCUGAAGGAUGCAUACCAUCUGGUAAUUGUUUGGAUAGAGGAGAUUAUUGCAGCUUACAAGCCUGUCCCUCUGGCUAUGGAACUACUAAAGAUUGCAACUCUAAUAACCCUAACUGCAGGUGUUGCAAGCUACAAACUACUUGUCAGCCUCUUUCGAGUUGUCAAUCGCUUGGUGAUUACUGCAGUCUCUCAGAAUGUCCACCAGGUUAUGAUACAAUUAACUCUGCUUGUAAAUCUUAUGAUCCAAACUGCAGAUGCUGCAAGAAGAAACUUUCUCCUCUCUGCACUCCACUGGAUCAGUGCAAGAGCCCUGGUGACUACUGUUCAGUCAAUAGUUGUGAAGCUGGCUUUACAGAAAUUUCUAAUGCUUGUACUUCAUCAGACCCCAGAUGCCAUUGUUGUAAAAAGAAUCUCUGCCAGCCCUUGAGUACUUGUAGUGACCCUGGAGACUUCUGUAGCAGGACUCAGUGUCCCGAUACCCAUGUACAGAAGGUUGAUGGCUGUCAGUCCUUUGACUCUAGCUGCUGGUGUUGUAAGGUAGUUACGUGUAACCCUCUGCAGAAUUGCCAGAGUAGUGGAGACUACUGUUCAUUAUCUAGUUGUCCAGCUGGGUACACCACUCUUUAUGGGGCAUGUUCCUCGCCAGACUCUCGCUGCAGAUGUUGCAAGAAAGCAGAAACUGGAUGUGUUGCUCUAGAUUCCUGUAAAGCAAAUGGUGACUUCUGCGCUAAAGUGUCUUGCCCAACUGGUUAUACCACAAACUUUGGCGGGUGUCAAUCCUCUGAUCCUAAUUGUCGCUGCUGCAAGAAAGUUCCAGAUUGUGUGGCUCUGGAUGCUUGUAAAGGAGCUGGAGACUUCUGUAGCUUAACUGGUUGCCCAAUAGGUUAUACUUCAGACUUGACUGGUUGCCGCUCAACAGAUUCGAAUUGUCGAUGUUGCAAAAAAGUGCCAGAUUGUGUUGCAUUAGACUCUUGCAAAUCCAGUGGAGACUUCUGCAGUAAACAAUCUUGCCCUGCUGGUUACACAACUGAUUUGGGUGGAUGUCAGUCGUCUGACCCUAACUGUCGCUGUUGCAAGAAAGUAUCGGACUGUCUAGCUUUAGAUUCCUGUAAGGCUACUGGUGACUUCUGCAGUCUUGUUGUGUGCCCAGCUGGUUACUCUACAAACUAUACGGGAUGUGUAUCUGCAGAUAGUAGGUGUCGUUGCUGUAAGAAAGUCCCAGACUGUGUUGCCUUGGAUUCCUGCAAAGCAAGUGGAGACUACUGCAGUAAGCAGACUUGCCCUGAUGGUUACACCACUAAUAUCGGUGGAUGCUUGUCAACUGACCCUAGCUGUCGCUGCUGCAAGAAAAUACCAGAUUGUGUAGCUUUGGAGUCUUGUAAAUCUGCUAGUGGCUUCUGCAGCACAUCGGCUUGCCCAUCUGGUUACAUUGCAGACUACCUUGGAUGUCAUUCUUCAGAUCCAUAUUGUCGUUGCUGUAAGAAAGUUCAAGAUUGUGUGGCUUUGGAUUCUUGUAAGAAUUCUGGCGACUUCUGCAGUCUCUCGUCUUGCCCAUCUGGCUAUACAACAGAUUCUGCUGGAUGCCAGUCUUCAGAUAGUAACUGCCGUUGUUGUAAGAAGGAACAACAGUGCCUUGCCUUGGAUUCGUGUAAGUCAAGUGGAGAUUACUGCAGCAAACAGCAGUGCCCUGCUAGUUACACAACAAACUACAAUGGAUGUCAGUCAAGUGACCCUAACUGCCGUUGCUGCAAGAAAGUACCUGAUUGUGUUGCUCUGGAUUCCUGCAAAGCUUCUGGAGACUUCUGCAGUUUAACAGCUUGCCCAUCUGGUUACACCACAGACAAUGGAGGAUGUUAUUCUUCAGACCCAAAUUGCCGUUGUUGUAAGAAAGAGCAAUUUUGUACUGCUCUGGAUUCUUGCAAGUCAAGUGGAGACUACUGUAGCAAGCAGCCAUGCCCCUCUGGUUACACUACAAACUCUUUUGGAUGUCAGUCCAGUGAUCCCAACUGUCGCUGCUGCAAAAAAGUGCCAGACUGUGUUGCUUUGGAUUCCUGUAAGGCUUCUGGUGACUUCUGCAGUCUAACUGGUUGUCCAUCAGGUUACACCACAGACAAUGGUGGAUGUUAUUCUUCAGACCCUAAUUGCAGAUGUUGUAAGAAAGACCAAUUGUGUACUCCUCUGGAUACUUGCAAGGCAAGUGGAGAUUACUGUAGCAAGCAGCCAUGCCCCCCUGGUUACACUGCCAUCCUAAGUGGUUGUCAGUCCACUGAUCCUAAUUGUCGCUGCUGCAAGAAAGUGCCAGACUGUGUUGCUUUGGAUUCCUGUAAGGCUUCUGGCGACUUCUGCAGUCUAACUGGCUGUCCAUCAGGUUACACUACAGAUAAUGGUGGAUGUUAUUCUUCAGACCCUAAUUGCAGAUGUUGUAAGAAAGAACAAUUAUGUACUGCUCUGGAUACUUGCAAAGGAAGUGGAGACUACUGUAGCAAGCAGUCAUGCCCCCCUGGUUACACAACCAUCUUAACUGGUUGUCAGUCCACUGAUCCUAAUUGUCGUUGCUGCAAGAAAGUGCCAGACUGUGUUGCUUUGGAUUCUUGUAAGGCUUCUGGUGACUUCUGCAGUCUUGCUGCUUGUCCAUCUGGUUACACUACAAAUAAUGGUGGAUGUUAUUCUUCGGAUCCUAAUUGCCGUUGUUGUAAGAAAGAGCAAUUGUGUACUGCUCUUGAGUCUUGCAAAUCAAGUGGAGACUACUGUAGCAAGCAGCCAUGCCCCACUGGUUACACAACCAGCUUAAGUGGUUGUCAGUCAACUGAUCCUAAUUGUCGCUGCUGCAAGAAAGUGCCAGACUGUGUUGCUUUGGAUUCCUGCAAGGCUUCUGGUGACUUCUGCAGUCUAACCGCUUGUCCAUAUGGUUACAAUACAGAUAAUGGUGGAUGCUAUUCUUCAGACCCUAAUUGCCGUUGUUGUAAGAAAGAUCUUUUUACAGAACAAUUGUGUGUUGCUCUAGACUCUUGUAAAGCAAGUGGAGACUACUGCAGUAAGCAGCAGUGCCCUACUGGCUACACUACCAGCUUUAGUGGGUGUCAGUCAUCUGAUCCUAACUGUCGCUGCUGCAAGAGAGUACCAGACUGUGUUGCUUUGGAUUCCUGUAAGGCUUCUGGAGACUUCUGCAGUCUAACAACUUGUCCAUCUGGUUACACCACAGACAAUGGAGGAUGUUAUUCUUCAGACCCUAAUUGCCGUUGUUGUAAAAAAGAGCAACAGUGUAUUGCCUUAGAUACCUGCAAAGCAAAUGGAGACUACUGCAGUAAGCAACAAUGCCCUGCUGGUUACACUACAAACCUAAAUGGCUGUCAGUCUUCUGAUCCUAACUGUCGUUGCUGCAAGAAAAUACCGGACUGCGUUGCUCUAGAAUCCUGUAAGGCUUCGGGUGACUUCUGCAGUCUAUCUACUUGCCCAUCUGGUUACACUGCAGACUACGCCGGAUGUCUGUCUACGGAUCCUAACUGCCGCUGUUGUAAGAAAGAGCAACCAUGUAUUGCAUUAGACACUUGUAAAGCUAGUGGAGACUACUGCAGUAAACAACAGUGCCCUGCUGGUUACACUACAAACCUAAAUGGAUGUCAGUCUUCUGAUCCUAAUUGUCGCUGCUGCAAGAAAAUUUUCUUCAUAGUACCAGAGUGUGUGGCUCUGGAAUCCUGUAAGGCUUCAGGUGAUUUCUGUAGUGUCUCUGCUUGCCCAUCUGGUUACACUCCGGACUACACUGGAUGUCUGUCUGCGGAUCCUAACUGCCGCUGUUGUAAGAAAGAACAACCAUGUACUGCACUAGAUACCUGUAAAGCUAGUGGAGACUACUGCAGUAAACAACUGUGCCCUACUGGUUACACUACAAACCUAAAUGGAUGUCAGUCUAAUGAUCCCAAUUGUCGUUGCUGCAAGAAAAUACCUGACUGUGUUGCUCUGGAACCCUGCAAGGCUUCAGGAGACUUCUGCAGUCUCUCUGCUUGCCCAUCUGGUUAUACUACAGACUACACAGGAUGCAAGUCUUCAGAUCCGAACUGCCGUUGUUGUAAGAAAGAUCUACCCUGCAUUGCCUUGGAUUCCUGCAAGGGAAGUGGAGACUUCUGUAGUAAGCAGCCAUGCCCUACUGGUUACUCCACUAACUUGAUUGGAUGUCAGUCUACUGAUCCUAAUUGUCGCUGCUGCAAGAAAGUACCAGAUUGCCUUGCUUUGGAUUCCUGUAAAGCUGCUGGUGACUACUGCAGUCAAACAGUUUGCCCAUCUGGUUACACUACUGACUACACUGGCUGUUACUCGACAGAUCCUAACUGCCGUUGUUGUAAGAAAGAACAACCUUGCAUUGCCCUGGAUUCCUGUAAAGCAAGUGGAGAUUACUGCAGCAAGCAACAAUGCCCUGCUGGUUACACUACAAACUUGAGUGCCUGCCAAUCUGCUGAUCCUAACUGUCGCUGCUGCAAGAAAAUUCCAGACUGUGUUGCUCUGGAAGCCUGUAAAGCCAGUGGUGACUUCUGUAGUAGGCAAUCUUGCCCUACUGGUUAUACAACAGACUUGACUGGGUGUAGCUCUACUGAUCCAAACUGUCGUUGCUGUAAGAAGGUACCAGACUGUGUUGCUCUGGAUUCUUGUAAAGCAACUGGAGACUACUGCAGUAGACAGCCUUGCCCAACUGGAUAUACAACAGACUUGAAUGGAUGUUUGUCAUCUGAUCUUGGUUGCCGUUGUUGUAAAAAAGUCCCGGACUGUGUUGCUCUAGAUACUUGUAAGGCAAGUGGAGAUUUCUGCAGUAGGCAAGCUUGCCCGACUGGCUAUACAACAGACUUGGCUAGUUGCCUGUCAUCAGAUCCAAACUGCAGAUGCUGUAAGAAAGUGCCAGAUUGUGUAGCUCUAGAUGCGUGUAAAGCUAUUGGAGAUUUCUGCAGUAGACAGACUUGUCCAACUGGGUAUACAACAGACUUGUCAGGUUGUCUUUCAACAGAUCCCAACUGUCGCUGCUGCAAAAAGAUACCAGAUUGCCUUGCCCUGGAUUCUUGUAAAGCAACUGGAGAUUACUGUAGCAGGCAGACCUGCCCAGCAGGUUAUACUACUGACUUCAGUGGUUGUCGCUCGUCAGAUCCCAACUGUCGCUGCUGCAAGAAAGUUCCAGAUUGUGUUCCUCUAGAUAGCUGCAAAGCACUAGGUGACUACUGCAGUAGGCAACAAUGUCCCGCUGGUUAUACUACAGACUUGACUGGAUGUCUAUCGACUGAUUCGGGCUGCCGUUGCUGCAAAAAAGUCCCAGACUGUGUUGCACUAGAUACUUGCAAAGGAAUUGGAGAUUUCUGUAGCAGGCAGUCUUGCCCUGUGGGAUAUUCUACAGACUUUGCUGGAUGUAGCUCUACUGAUCCAAACUGUCGUUGUUGCAGGAAAGUACCAGAUUGUGUUGCUCUUGAUGGCUGUAAAGCCACUGGAGACUAUUGCAGUAGGCAGUCCUGCCCUACUGGUUAUACAGCGAACUUUACUGGAUGUAGUUCUACGGAUCCAAAUUGUCGCUGUUGUAAGAAAGUGCCAGACUGUGUAGCUCUAGAUACAUGUAAAGCAAGUGGAGAUUACUGCAGUAAGCAGGCUUGCCCUACUGAUUACGGAACAGACUUCAGUGGAUGUGUCUCGGCAGAUCCUAACUGUCGUUGCUGUAAGAAAGGUCAAGCUGUGGGAACUUGUAAAGCCUCGCAGACUUGUUCAGCCCCAGGAGACUACUGUAGUACCACAGAUUGCCUUCCUGACUAUGAUGUAAUCCUAGGUGGUUGUGGAUCUCUUGAUCCCGCUUGCAGAUGCUGCAAAAAGAGAGUUGCAGAACUUUGUUCACCAAGCCCAAGCUGCCUCUCCUCUGGAGACUAUUGUAGUACAUCAACUUGUCCAACUGGAUUUAAGAAUAACUUUGGUGGCUGUAUCUCUACUAACUCGAACUGUCGUUGCUGUAAGAAGGAGGUGUGUGUAAAGACUCAAUUAUGCAGUGGCAAUGAUGAUUACUGUAGUGUUUCAGACUGCCCUCCUGGUUAUAAUGAGCUCUUUGGAGCAUGCGAGUCUAGUGACCCAGACUGUAGAUGCUGCAGGAAAAUUGACACUGCUGUCUGUAACCCCAGAAGUACAUGCCAAUCUCCAGGUGACUAUUGUAGUAAGGCUUCAUGCCCAGAUGGCUACAUAACUGAUUUCACGGCUUGUGAUUCUAGAGACUAUAACUGCAGAUGUUGCAAGAAAGUGGCCCAGUGCACCCCAUUGCGAGAGUGUCAAAAUGUUGGUGACUACUGUUCAACAGACAGCUGCCCUUCAGGUUAUACCGCAAUUUCGGGUGCUUGCAGUUCAACAGACCCUAGGUGUAGAUGUUGUAAGAAAGAUUCGGUGGUAGCUUUCUGCAGUCCAACUGAUAAGUGCAAGAGUACAGGAGACUUUUGUAGCCUUACAGCUUGUCCAACUGGCUACAGUGAGCUGUUGAAUGGCUGUAGUUCGAAUACUCCGGGAUGCAGAUGCUGCAAGAAAGCCGGAUUAGAGCCCUGUACAGCAUUAUUAGAAUGCCAGAACCCUGGAGAUUACUGCAGUACUGGAGAAUGUAAAUAUGGGUAUAAGAAGACUUCUGGGUGCUCUUCUCCCGAUCAGACUUGCUACUGUUGCAAGAAAGCGGUCUGUAGCCCAACUUCGUCUUGUCAAAACCUUGGAGACUACUGUUCAACUGAUGAGUGUCCUGCUGGUUAUGUUAAGGCUGUUGGUGCAUGCUCUUCAGGAUGCCACUGUUGCAAGAAAUUCACAAUAGUGGACAACUGCUCCCCACUAGAUAGCUGUAAAGGUUUUGGAGACUUCUGUAGCGUAUCAAAGUGUCCUUAUGGGUACUACACAAUCUAUAAUGCAUGUGACUCAACUAAUUUGGACUGCCACUGUUGUAAAAAUGCUUACACCUACAGAUCAAGUGAAGGAGACUUGGUUGAUGAACCAGGUGUUCCACAAUCCGUGACCGUGACUAAAGUUGGGGAUAGUGUACAACUGGAAACUGUUGAGAAAGAUGAAGCUGUAACCCUUGAAGAAAUUCCUUCCGAAGCAGAAACUACUCUACCCCCACUCGAAUGAAUCUUUUAAAAUAUUUUAAAAGUUUUAAAACUAUUUAAAUUAAAUUAUAAAUGAGC